AUGGAAUCGGAAAUGGCCAAUCUCAACAACAAUAUGAACGGCAUUUCGCAACAGUGUACCGAGAUUAUCGACGCGCUUGGUCCCAAUCGCGAUAAAAUACGGCGCUUAACGAACGUACAUAAUUUGUUGAAACGACUGCAAUUUAUUUUCGACUUACCGAACCGCCUGAAUCGAUGUUUGUCAAACGGCCAGUACGCCCAUGCCGUCAAAUAUUACUCUCGAGCAACGCGACUGCUUAACCACUAUCAGCACUUGUCUGCAUUCAAGGGUAUUGAGCGCGACUGUGAUGUGAUUAUGGGUAAAAUAAAGGGCAAAAUAUGGGAAGACGCACGAAAUUCGGAAAGUCCGUUGGACAAGGUUACCGCAAGCAUGAAGCUUUUACGCGUUUUGCAAGAAGAUCCCAGGAAGCUAUGGAAAGAGUACAUUCAAGUCCAGGUAGCGCGGCUUGACAACACAACAGAUCAGCAAUUUGAUACAAUCGAAGACCUUGACAGCAAAUGCCUUGUGCUACUCAAUAGCACUGUUGAAUGUUUCGAGACAUUAUUUUUAACUGCUUCAACAAACGAUGAAGAUGCCGAAAAAGUGAAUACUUUGAGUGACAAAGACAAACGAGACGCCAAGAACGACCUAGUACAAGCCAUGUCGUCUCAUGUAGACAGAUUCUUUGACAAAGUCUCUGGAUUUAUUAGCUUACCGAGUGCCAUGAAUAGAGAUCAAUUAUUAGCACAAAUCCGUGUUUUGAGCGACUUGCGUGAAUCGAUAUUGGCACAUGGACAAGCAUUAGCAAGGGUCAUGGGCACAGCGGAGAGAAUGACUAAAUUGACAGCUCAUUGGGAAGGCACGUUGAUCGAUGGAUUGAUGGACACCACCACUGAAAAAAUGAAAGGAAUCACGGACCACAAAGAAGCAUUGAGUGAAUUCAUCGUUGAAACAGAUACAUGGCUGGUGCAACACAUUCAAAACAGCUGUCUCGAUCCUCUUCGCGACUUGAUGGCUAUUGCUACUACCGCUACCGACGAUGGUCAGUCUGAUAUUUCUUUGCGCGUUCGAGAAAGCCUUCGCAAAAUGUGGAACGGCGUACUCGAAAUUAUUGCUGGCGCAGAUGGGAGUGAUAAGUCUAGUCCAAUGCUGAUCGUUGGUUCUCGUCUAUGCUACGAUCUGGCAGACCAGGGAAUUCCGCAAAUAUAUGCCAGUGUCUCGAAGGAAUUAAGCAAGGACAACGGCGAACUUGACCAGAUCAUUACCGCCGAUGCCCAGGAGGUGGCGGAUCGUUUCUCGCGCAAGGGCCAAAGCUUACUCAACGAAGAAACAAUGCAAGAAGGGUACACAUUUUCCUCCUCCAUUGAAAAAGAGUAUUUGCGUCCACAUCGAGGAACAGAAGCACCCAAGGGCGUAUCUAAUGUGUGGCAAACCAUGUUUGAACGCGUACACUACAUUGAACAGCUGGUGGAGACGGUGUAUUCACAAGCAACGUCUCCAGACGGAGCUGCUGAGACAUCUGACACUGAAUACGAAUAUCGUUUUGGCGCUGGCACACCUGGCGAAGGAUUAUAUACCCGACCAACGCAAUCCUCGCACAGCCUUACUACAGCAUCAUCCGAAACGCCCGGCGAGCCCUCUGGAUUAGGCAUCAUGCCCAAGUUUGGGUACGAUAUGACGGUCAAUAUCAUGAGCAACAUCGACAAGCUUUUUGCAGAUCGCAUCGAUAUUUACCGACAUGUGGAACCGACUCCGCUUGGUGUGUGCACCGGGUUACUGCGAAUCUUACUCAAAGCCUUCCAUGAGACUGUCCGACAAAUGCGACUACAACAGUUUGACUAUCAGCAACUGCAAGUGGAUUCAGAGUACCUUCGCCUGAUGUUAUGGCCUUACACUCAAAAGGAAAAUAAAUGGAUGAGCAACAUGCUUCAGGAGAUAGUCUCUAGCGCUUACAUGCGGUGCGAAUCACCGACGCCGAUGGAUCCUGAAGAAUUAGAAACAAUUCUUUCAAAGUACAUCCCUACUAGUAACUAG